UGCACUGUAUAUAAUGGGAAAAUGGGAAUAGCAUAAUAAUAGAGCAAUUGAAGCAACAUAACCAUUUUUCUAGCGAAUAUUUUUAUCUUUGAAAAGCUAAUUUGAGUAACCAUGGUGAGGAUACUCGAAAAUGGAGACAUCGUUGCAGAUAAUGACCCAAGAGCUCAACAGUCCUCACAUUCUGGCAAUGCACCGAGAAAUAGAGCUGGUCGCAUGGGCUAUGUUCAUGACAACAGCGAACCUCAUCAAUACGGACACCAAGGUCAAGGGGCAGGGGUUCACCAAGGUCAGCAAGUGUCCAUCUUUCAAUCGCUGAAUCAGCGUCUGAUUGGAUUAGGCAUCCCAAGCUUUAACAUUGGAACGUACAGAAUUGAACCGCUCGUGACUGUCGGUUUUCUUCUCGCAAUGCUGUUUUUCGGACUGCCGGGAUUACUGUUUGCUGGACUCUUAUUCGGUGUUGUCAUAAUGAGCGGUGGUGGGGGAGACAAUGAUGGGGACUCAGGGGGUGGUAGUGGAGCUCAACAUCGACAACGAGCUGGAAGAGUUCUUAGACAUAGGUGAUCAGAACUUCUGUGAAGAGAAAUCAACCUGAGAUACAUAAUGCCUUCCGCAGAACUUGAGGGACAAUUCCACAAGACCUCAGGGCUUGGUUACUUGACCGGAAUAGUUUUACAAAAGCAGAAUCAAAACGAGAGAACAAUUUUGCUGUGGUUCUCAUGAACUGAGUUGUUUCUGAAUGGACUGCACUUCUGUCCCAGGCUUGAAUGUGAGAGAAAAUUCCACAAGACCACAGGGCUUGUUUAAUUAACAGAAUAAAAAUGAGGAAAACAAAUGUAUUCUGUGAUUGUCAUGAACUGAGUGGUCACUGAAUGAACUGAAACCUCUGUCCAAGGCUUGCUGCUCAAAAUGUUUACUCGGCCAGAUAUGUUUUCACAAUUACCAGAAUCAAAAUGAGAAAAGAAAAAAAAACGUUUUCUGUGAUUGCCAUGAACUGAGUUGUCACUGAAUAAACUGACCAUCCUGGGCUUGACUUGAGGGACAAUACCACAAGACAACCAGCUUGUUGCUCAAAAGGUUUACUCGCCCAGAACCGUUUUUACAAUUACCAGAAUCAAAAUGAGAACAAAACACAAUUCUUCUGUGAUUGUCGUCAACUGAGUUGUCACUGGAUGCACUGACCAUCCAGGGCUUGAAUUCGAGGGCCUCAAGACCACAGCUCUUGUUGUGCGAAAUGGUUACAGAACCAAAAUCGAUUUUACAAUGACCAGAAUCAAAAUGAGAUAAAAAUGAAGUUGAAUGCUGCAGUGAGAGCUUAGCUUGAUGAACUUUGUGCAAUUGUAUGCACGGGGUAUUUUUUAUCGGUAAUGCAUGUCAUGCUCAUGAGCAGUUCGCUGCAGCUCAACAUCUUCACUGGAACAAGAAUGUUGACCAAAGACAAUUAACCCAGUCAGUUUACCUUAAAGGCAGUGAACACUAUUGGUAAUUACUCAAUUUGAUUUCGAGACCUCAGAAUUAGAUUUUGAGG